AGAACCAUCAGGCGAGACAAUUCGUUCACAAUUUCCUUCAUUAAUUAGCCUGGAUUUAAGUGAAAAUAAAAUUACUAGCAUCUCUAGAAGCGAUUUUAUUUCAUUUCCAAAUAUUGAAGAAAUUAAUCUGAAUCAAAAUAGAAUUGUCAGUGUAGAAUGGGAAGCUUUUCGGCUUCUAAAAUUGAAGAAAUUAAUUUUGAGAGGAAAUUAUUUGCUUACAAUAAAUGAACACAUGAUGAGAGACAGUCCAGCAAUUGAAGAGCUUGAUUUAAGCCAUAAUUUAUUGUCUGUUGCACAGAGUUCCUCAUUCUUCGCUGCACAAAAAUUAAAAUCUUUAAAUUUAUCUCAUAAUCGUCUUCACCGUUUUGAUUAUGAUUCUUUCUCUCCUUUAUUUCAGUUAGAAUCAUUGGAUCUCUCUUACAACAAUUUUAGUACAAUCCCCGCAGAUCUAAGACAAUUUGUUGCCCUUAGAACGUUAAAUUUUAGUGGAAAUCCGAUAACUAAAAUUUGUGAAGGAGAAAUUGUUCAGCCAAUGCUACAAAAUUUGGAUAUUUCUAAUUGCCCAAAUUUACGUCUAAUUGAACAACGAACAUUUUCAUUCACGCCUGUUUUACAAUUUCUCAAAUUAGCUAAUAAUUCACAAUUACAAUAUAUCUCUCCAUAUGCAUUCCAAAACAGUUUGUUAUACGAGCUUGUAAUCUCAAACAAUUCAUUGGAGACAAUAGACAAUAAAAUAUUAGAACAACCUACUCGCUUGUUUAUAAGUGGAAACCCUUUAGAUUGUAGUUGUGCUGAAGAAACUUUUACAAAUUUUACCCAUAAAAUUGUAGAUCUUAAAGAAGCGACUUGUAAAGCUAGAAAAAGUCAAAAUUCAAUCUCUACCAUUCCACUAACUACAAUAAUUAAAUCCUCUUUUAUUUUAAACCAAAAAUGUUCAAACAAACCUUUAAUUUUGCCUUUUGGUUAUUACUUGAGUGCUAAUGUUGGGGAAUACUUUUCCCUUUAUUGCGCUCCAAGGCGGUUGAACGAAAAUACUUUUUUGAGUUGGAAGCUUCCUAAUGGAACAAUUGUUCAAUCAGAUGAACAGAUAAAGGAUACUGUUGUAUUUAAUAUACCUACAAUUAUUCAAUCUUUUACAAAAGAUGGGACGUCAACUUGGAUACCUUUUCAUAAGCAGAGGCAACGUAAUCCACGAUUCGAUGCUUCAACAAAUUCUGACCGUUUAAGAAACAUCCAUAAUCACCAACACCAACGAGAACGAGUUCAAAUCACAGAUGAACAGCUUAGAUUUGAAGUAAUAAUGCUUGAGGAUGCUGGAGAAUAUAUUUGUAGUGUAGAUGGUGUCGAAGCUAAACUUAAUUUAUCAGUUCAUUCACCUUCCAUUCAAAUUAAACCUGUUGAGAUUGGUUCUCAUUAUGUUGCGUUAGUGUGGAAUGAUUCUUUAAAAAUACGUGCUCUGGAAAGGGUUCAGUUAUCUCUUCAAAUUAGGGAUUCAAUCACUGGUCAAACCGGAAGAAUCACACAACUAUCUCUUUACAAUCCUUGGCAUAGCUACAACGUUGUUAGACUUCGUCCACUUACAAACUACACAAUUUGCCUUGUCUACAGCUUACGCUCAAUUGAAGCAAAUAAUGAUGUACACAAUACCAACAUAGAUUCUUCUGCUAAAUUAUUAUACAAGAGUUGUAUCGACGUUAAAACUUUGGAACAAAUGGGAUUUUGGUCCUCACUGAGUCCAACAACCAUUGUUAUUUUUUGUGUUUUAAUUUUUAUUUGUUGCUUUCUUUUCUGUUUUCGUGCAAUUUAUAUGCAUUUUUAUAUAUGGCACGACGCGAAAAUGCGUGCCCGAAUGAAUCAAAGCAUGAGCGGACAAAGUUUUCUUUCACAUUCUUCUUCCCUUCCGUUACCCACAACAACGAAUUCAAACGGGAUAAAUAAUAGUCAUAAUUCAGGUACUCUAACUCACCCUAACGAAACAUUUUUUGAUUCAAAUUCGGCAACACUAAACAAAACAUCAUUAAUAACCGAAACAGCCUCGGAAAGUUUAAACAAAAAAAGUUCAAUAAAUAAAUUGUCCAAAAUAAAAAGAAAAUCAAAACUAUCAUCAAAACAACAAAUAAGAGGAAAUUCAAUGUUUUUAAUGGAAAAUUCAGGGGAAGAGAAACAUUUGAAUAAAUCAACGGAAAAUAUUGCUUUGUGUUAA